GUCAGUUCCGCCAAUCAUCAUUUCACGCCCGCCAAUUUCUUUACGAUCCUACAUUCAUUCGUCAUGAUGAUCUCUACUACCACCUUGACCCGUACCGCCCGUGUUGCUCUCCGAGGCUAUCUUACAGCCGCUUUCUUCAAAGAAAUUGUCAUCGACCGCACUAUUCAGGUCAUAUCCAGAUCAGAGAAGGUUUCCAUUAGCCUCGUCACAUCCACUGUCUGCUCCUCGACAGCUGUCCUUCUUCUAGCCACCGCUAAAGCUGCUCGACAAUUCCUCAGCGACGAUUUCCAAUGCGUCCCCGCUCACAAGGACGUGGACAAUGCCGUCGAGCCCAACGCACCUUUUGCUGGCGACAAGAUUGCGGAUGCUAUCGCAACAACCAAGACUUUUGGAACACCAGUUCAGCCAUCCUCGUCGCGCGCAGUGACUGAAUCAAUUGAACCCGCCUUUGACGGCCCCACCGAAGGCUUAUUUAUAAUUGAUUCUGACACGACGCUCAUAGCCAGUGAUGAGUACUUAGACGAGGACGUCUUCUUCGGCGACUGCGUCUCGGACACCACAGACCUUGAUUCGCUUGCUGACGAAAGCACUUUCUACGAGGAAGACUGUCAGAUUACAGCACAGUGCCUUACGGACGACGAGCCUGAAGAUACCUUGCACGUCAAAUAUGACACUCACACUAUCGACAAUCUAACAAGAGCAAUGUCAGCUCUUUAUCUCGACAAUGUACCGUCUCACAUCUCAACAUACUUUCUCGACGAUGUAUCUUCUCACAUUUCAACUAUUUCUCUCGCCGAUGUACCUUCUGAAUACGACUCUCGCACUAUCGACGACAAUCUAACAAGAGCAAUGUCAGCUCUUUAUCUCGACAAUGUACCGUCUCACAUCUCAACAUACUUUCUCGACGAUGUAUCUUCUCACAUUUCAACUAUUUCUCUCGCCGAUGUACCUUCUGAAUACGACUCUCGCACUAUCGACGACAAUCUAACAAGAGCAAUGUCAGCUCUUUCUCUCGACGAUGUACCUUCUCAUCUAUCUCCUCUCAUCAAUGUACCCUCUCACUUCAAUUCGACUCUCUCUCUCGAUAAUGUAUCCUUCGACGAUCCACCCUCUCGCCUCUCAACUCUUCUUCUGGACCAUGUACCUUCUCAUUUAUCAAUUAUUCGGCCACACGUCGACAAUGGUUCCCCUCAUUCACCAAAAUGUCAACCUCAACGCACCGUAGUACACGAACAUGCCAUCGACGACCUAGUUCGAAAAAUGGUAGCUCUUUCUCUCGACAAUGUUCCCUCUCAAUUAUCCAAAUUUCAGCCACAUCUGCACGAUCACGCUAUCGAUGCUCUACCGCAAAAAUCAAAAGCUCUGACUCUCGACAACUACGCUAUCGACGCUCUACUUCAAAAAUCAGAGGCUCUUAUCACUGUAUAUGAAAACCCCACUAUCGACGCUCUACUUCAAAACUCAGAGGCCCUUGUUUUUCUCAACGAAAAGUCCACUAUCGACGCACUUGCUCUCGAUAGCAACCACGCUAUCGACGCUCUACUUCAAAACUCAGAGGCCCUUGUUUCUCUCAACGAAAAGUUCACUAUCGACGCACUUGCUCUCGACAGCAACCACGCUAUCGACGCUCUACUUCAAAACUCAGAGGCUCUUGUCGCUUCCAAAGAAAACUUCACUAUCGACGCACUUGCUCUCGACGGCGACCACGCUCUCGACGCUCUACUUCAAAAAUCGGAGGUUCUUGUCGCUCUCAACAAAAAUUUCACUAUCGAUAUACUUGCUCUCGACAGCAACCACGCUAUCGAUGCUCUACUUCAAAAAUCGGAGGCUCUCGUCUCUCCCAACGAAAAUUUCACUAUCGACGCACUUGCUCUUGACGACAACCACGCUAUUGACGCUCUACUGCACAAAUUAGAAGCGCUUACUCUCGACAACAACCACGCUAUUCAAGUUGACGCUCUCAGAGCAGAUGCUCAUACUCUCGACGACAAUAUCUCUCAGCCAUCGAAACACAUGUUACAAGAUAACACAGACGACAGUUCCAGUCACCAGCACCGCAACACCACCAACACUCCACUCCGAAAUAUCGAAGCUAUCAAUCCUCGGAAUUUCAACUACGACACACCCUACACGACGAUGCUAUCGACACCGUACUUCGAAACAUGGAGCCUCCUAUUCUUGACGAUAACCCCUCACAGUCACCAAAACGUCAGCCACAACACACCCUACUAGCACGACCACAGUAUCGGCAUCCUAUCGGCUGCUGAACUCCGCAUGAUGUCUA